GGACGGAUAAAGUGCAAACCGUUCGUCUGUCGUCCAGAUCUUAGACACCAUAUCUUUUAGCUAGAAUGGCUGAGGCAGCAGCGUCCUCAGAUGACCAAUCCCUUAUAUCUUCUACAACACAGCCACUCACAGCUCAGAGCGGGCAGGCACAUCUUAGUGGCAGCAGUAGUCCGAAGGCCAAGCGGGAACAUGACGAAGCAGACGAAGCGACGACAGAGCAACCGAACAAGAGGCAAAAGGUCACCGCCAACGGCUCAGCGCGCGGCGAGAUUUCUAACCAUGGCAACGGAAAGCCAAAGGGAGGAAGUCACAAUGGGCUACCGCAAUUGAAGCGGAGCCUCGAGCAGUUCUUGCGCUUUGUCGAGAAGUCGGACGAUUUCUCGGAAACUGCAGUAGACUGUGCACGCAAGCUGUACGGGCUGCUAUUUGAGCCCCACGAGACCGGAUUCAAAGGCUACAAGGCUGAGGCGCCGACUUCAUCAGACGCUUCCGCUGCCGCUGCCGCAGCUUCUAAGCAAGAGGCCGAAGACGCACUGAAGAACCCGCACACUGCUGUACCACCGCCUUUUGCGCUGCCCGACAAGACUAAGUUCGCAAAGGGAUCCGUACCAGCCUUGGAAUCCUUGAACAAAGAUGUGCCACCAGCUUCUAGUCUUCCACCUGUGCCUCCGGCGCACAACUAUCAAUCUACAAAUCUUGUGGCCGCACCCUCCUCUACCGUCCUACCUCAACUUCCGCAGAUCACCAACGUGGCUCUUUCAAACGCUCCUUUUAUGCACACCAGUGCUCUUCCCGCAUACGUAGCCCCAACCGGCACCAACUCGUACGAACCACUCGAAUUUCUCGGCGAUGCCUACCUCGAAAUUAUAGCCACACGCCUCAUUCACUCUCGUUUCCCUCUUCACAGUGUUGGCCAAAAGGCUGGUCUUCGCGAGCUUCUCGUCAAGAAUGAAACUCUUGCUGAGUACGCAAACGCCUAUGGUUUUGGCGAGCGAGUCCAGUCUGCACAAAAAGACCGUCAUGGGUCUGCUUGGACAAAGAUUCUUGCCGAUGUCUUCGAAGCAUACGUGGCAUGUGUCAUCAUUCAGGAUGAAUCUUCUGACGCAGGUUUUGUCGCCGCUGAGAAAUGGCUAACUGAACUAUGGGCACCCAAAAUUCUGCAGUGGCGUGCCGCAGGAGAUGGCGCUCAAGACCUGUCCAAGACGGGCACGCAAACCCUUGAUCCAAAAACAGAUCUGAAUCGCCUGCUUGUAGGAAAAGAGGCGAAGCUAGAAUACCGUGAAGAAAAACCGAUGCAACUCAUAAAGGAGGGAAAUCGCACAAUUUUCUACAUGGGGGUCUAUCUCACCGGCUGGGGCUUUCAGAACCAACACUUAGGAAGCGGAGAAGGAAGGAGCAAGCAAAUUGCAAGCACAAACGCGGCGGAAGACGCGCUACGAUCGAGCCAAGACAUUAUUCAGCUCGCACAUCAGCGGAAAGUGGCAUUCGAGAGGCAGUUCAAGAAAGGGGGCGGAGGCAACGGUGGAGGACACAGGAAUAAAGUUUAUGGAAGGGGACGAGCAGGUUUCCAUCAAAACGCUGGCACAAGCUAUCAGCAACCAGUGCCAGGAUACCAGCAAGCACCAGCGCCAGCGCCAGCACCAGCACCAGCACCAGCACCAGCACCAGCACCAGGAGGCUAUCCAGGUUAUCCACCUCCGCCGAUGAAUUAUGGCUCCCCACCCAAUCAAGGUGGUUGGUACGGAUAUCGCCAAGGUUGACAUAACAAGCGCUCGUGACAGUUUCUCCGAGCUAGAUGCUCAAAUGACAUCUGCAGUUCUCCUGCGCCCAACGCUUUUGUCGCCUCAAGAAGGAACAAAACGAAUCAUAAAAGCCAAAUACUGUAAGGGAAGAUGCUUCGUAACGUGAUAGACGAUACUUCUGCUGUGUCCUGGACCAAAAUCCCAACCAUCUUGAUCUCUUAAACCUGGAAUAGAGUGGGGUGUGAGGGAAGGGGUACACACUGGCAGUGUCCCAUGUCAGGGCAGCAGAAAUAUUAAGUCUCGAAAAGAAAAAUACCCAAAGUAUUUUUAAUUUUCAAAUUUUAGCUCCCCAUCUCCUCGGGCCCUGUUCACA